UGACCGUACAAUCGGAGGCGGAUCAGCGGGGAAUGUUUCAUAUGAGCCGGUACUGGCACCGGUGAGCUGUCGGCGCUUAAUGAAGGGUGGAAGUGUGUGACUGUGUACAGAGGGACAGCUGGGAUUUAAUGCCGAGUGAGGCCGCUAAUGUGUGGACGGUAAAAGCUGAUGAAGUUCACCAGAGAUAUCUGCCGGCUGCUAGGCUUAGGAGGCGACGGUUCUGGACAGGAGGAGAUGGAGGCUCAGAAUGGACCCCAUGACCCAUCACACAGGAGGAAAGAUCAGAAGUCAUCACAGGCCAUGAUGCACAAUGAAGAGGAUUUGGAUGAUGAGGAAAGAACAAGAAGGAAAGCUGAAAGAAGGAGGGCCAAAAGGAAAAGGCAGAAAGAACGGAGGAAACUAGAGCGAAAGGAGAGGAUGGAGGAUGCUUCAGAGCAGGAAGAGGAAGCAGCUGGAGAAGUGUCAGACACUGACAGUGAUGAGGAGAUGAAAGAAGAAGAGCGAUGGACUGCCGUUCAUUCCAGAGCCAGAUGCAAUCCUGAAUCAGUGGCUGCCGUCACAACGGAGAGCAAGACAAACCACCAGCUGUCCCACAGGAUGUCAGAUGAGGAGCCUGAGUGGGAUAUCAGCAGUGCAUUUGUGGCCAACGCUGCCAACAACAUUAAACUGAAAGGCCUGAUGAACAGAGCAAAGCAAAUCUCCAGAGAGAACAAGGAAAAUGAGGCCAGGAGCAGCCAGGAGGAGAACACAGAAGAAAUGAGGAGGAUGGGGGAGUCCCUGACAUUGCAGGGCAUUAAGAUGUUCGAGCAAGCCCAGUACACAGAGGCGGUGGACAUGUUCACAGAAGCCAUCUUCUGCGACCCCAAAGAUCACAGGUUAUAUGGAAAUCGGUCGUACUGUCACUGGUUUCUGGAGCGGUACUCCUCAGCUCUGAGUGAUGCUCGAAGGUCCAUCCAGCUGGCUCCCGACUGGCCGAAGGGAUACUUUCGUAAGGGCUGUGCUCUGGUGGGCUUAAAGCGGUACAGUGAAGCAGAGAAGGCCCUGGAGAAGGUGCUGGAGUUGGAUCAGAAUUGUAAGGAAGCAUCCAAAAAACUCUUUAACUGUCGGGUCCUUCAGCUCAUGGAGAUGGGUUUCGAUGAGGCGCAGAGCAAAGAGCUUCUACAAAAGUUCACCACUGUUCAGGCAGUCGUCAACCAAUUUGAAGCCAGAACUCUGAAGCUCUUUUCUCAGCAGGACCAGAGUGGAAACUGUCGCUCUCUGUGGGUUGGAAACGUUACACAGGAAGUUACAGAGAAGGACCUCUGUGAUCUCUUCAAAAUCUUCGGUGAGAUUGAAAGCAUCAGAGUUCUUCAUGAACGCUUCUGUGCCUUUGUCAACUUCAAGAACGCCAACAUGGCUGCCAAAGCCCUGGACAAGCUGCAGGGGGUGGAGCUCGGGGGCAACAAGCUGGUGAUGAGGUACCCAGAUCGCUGGAUCCACAGGACUGUGUCCUCCAUGCAAAGAAGCAGCAGCAGCUUGGCCUCCAACAUUGCAGGAACUCAGCCAAGUUCAGCUGCCUCUGGGUCCCGAUGGCGGGCACCUUUAAAUGGAGAUGAGUGCUUUUACUGGCGGACCACAGGCUGUUUCUAUGGCGACAAGUGCCGCUUCAAACACAUACCAGACCAGCAAGGUCGAGACAAGAAGUCUUGGCAACCAUGAUGUCCCUUAUCUUUUCAGCUCCUGCCCGCAAGGCACAUCAAAGUCCACUUGGGAACACUGACAACUGAAUGUUUGUGAAGAAACCUGAGACAUGGAUCACAUGUGAUAACCAAAGUCAGAAGAUGUGACUCUGAAAUAAUGAAGGACGUUAUGCAGACCCUGAUCCGGGGAAGAAUAAAUCCAUUUUAAAGAAAAUCUUGUAGCAGAGACAGUCCUCAGUGGAAAUGUAUUUUUCAAGGCUUCACUUGGAUUUCAGAAACAGGAGCUCCUGGUUUGUGCACAGACGCAUGUCGCAGAGAUUUAUGGUCCAAAUGUUUGGUUGAACCAUGUUGGAAACACUUUAGUCCGACACUGGGACAGAUUUUAAAAAGAAGUUAUUUUCAUAUCAGUAAAAUUAGAUUUUGCAUAUAAAAUGUAUAAAUAUUUGCAUAAAACAAUAAACUGAUAUAUGAGACCUUUUAUUUUCCCUUACUGUUUGUUGUUUUAGUUUCC